AUGCCGUUACCAGAACAAUCAGACACGUAUCCCUCUGAGAUAACUAAGAGCUUGGACGAUUUGGCCCUUGUUGCUUCCCAAAUGAGUUUUGGUUCAAGUCAAUUACAAACGUUGUCGCAUGCAUCAUCAAGUGCAGAUCGUACGCCAGAACGAACAGGACCACCAGCACCCAGAGCGGGUUUAGGGACCACGAUUGGUAGAUUGGGUGCUCUCUUUAGUAAACCCAACACUUCCGAACUUGAGUCUUUAUUGCCUUUUCAUUCGUGUCCUCCAGGAGAGCCACGGCGAGUCCCCCAAAAUAUUUACGACUUGAUUACGAGUCUCUGGGUGUACAUUGCAGAGAAGAUCAUAGGACCCUGUUACAACAACAGAGGGUUCUUGGGCAUCUUGUUAUUUGGUAUAGCAUUAAUUGUAGGCUCUGUUUUCUAUUUCACGGGUAACACCGAAUUAUUGGUGGAUUUAGCACGAGUAUUUGUCUGUUUCUGGUGGCCUAUAUUUCAAGGCGGAACAGACGAAAUGGAAAGGUUUUGUAGGGUUUGA